CUGACUGUGGCCAGAUCCGCCGGCCGUUGGUGGUUCGCGGCGGCGACUUAAGUGCGCAGACGCGCCUCCUCUUGUGGGAAGCGCUUGACCUGGUUAUUAAGGGUAUCUAUUGUUGUUUCCUAUACAUUUUGAAAUCUUAUCCAGAAUGCUUUUAUUAGUAGUACUACUCUUUAAUGGAAUAGUUUCUUACUCUAGUGGUAAAUCUGUUACCAAGUCAGUACCAAGAUUACUUCUGGUGUCUUUUGAUGGCUUCAGGGCUGAUUAUCUGAAGAAAUAUGAACUUCCACAUCUCCAGGAUUUUAUUAAGGCUGGUGUAUUAGUAGAACAUGUUACCAAUGCUUUCAUCACAAAAACUUUUCCAAAUCACUAUAGUAUAGUUACAGGCCUGUAUGAAGAAAGCCAUGGUAUUGUAGCAAAUGAAAUGUUUGACGUUGACACAAAGAAGAAGUUUUCACAGUUUAAUGAUACAGAUCCUUUCUGGUGGAAUGAAGCAAUUCCUAUUUGGGUGAGCAAUGAAUGGCAGGAGAACAAAACAAGUGCUUCUGCAAUGUGGCCUGGCACCGAUGUGAAAAUUCGCAAUACUCUUCCUCACUUCUUUAUGAAAUACAAUUUUUCAGUAAGCUUCGGUGAACGUGUAGAAAAGAUUAUUGAAUGGCUGAAUAGUUCUAAUCCAUUAGUUACUUUUGCUACUCUUUAUUGGGAAGAACCAGAUGCAAGUGGACACAAGUAUGGACCAGAAGAUACUAAGAAUAUGACUGAAGUAUUACAAGAAGUAGAUAAACUUAUUGGCCUUCUUGUUGAAAAACUUAAAAUUUCAAAGUUGUGGGAGGAAAUUAAUGUUAUAAUUACAAGUGAUCAUGGCAUGGCACAGUGCUCCCAGGAGAGAUUAAUCAAACUGGAUAAUUGCAUUGAUCCUAGUAACUAUGUACUAAUAGACAAGAGCCCAGUUGCUGCCAUAUUGCCAAAUAAUGUGACACAUGUAUAUAACUUAAUGAAAAAGUGCAGCCCUUAUAUGAAGGUUUAUCUUAAAGAAGAAAUUCCAGACCGAUAUCAUUACCAUCACAAUAAGCGCAUUCAGCCAAUAAUUUUGGUUGCAGAUGAAGGCUGGACAAUUGUACAGAAUGGGUCUCUUCCAAGAUUAGGAGACCAUGGCUAUGACGAUACUCUUCCAAGUAUGCAGCCAUUUUUGGCAGCUCAUGGACCUGCCUUCCGUAAAAGUUACCGACUAAAUUCAAUUCAUACUGUUGAUAUUUAUCCAAUGAUGUGUCAUAUUUUAGGGUUGAAAUCCCAGCCUAAUAAUGGCACCUUGAGCAAUACCAAGUGUUUAUUAGUUGACCAAUGGUGCAUAAACGUUCCUGAAGCCAUUGGAAUAGUUAUUGGUGUCUUUAUGAUAUUAACUACUCUGAUGUGCCUUAUAAUAAUCACGAAGAACAGAACUCCUUCUCUACGCCCAUUUUCAAGACUCCAGCUUCAGGAAGAUGAUGAUGAUCCCUUAAUAGGAUGAGACCUGUGUACUGACUUGUGUUUUGAAAAGACAACACAGAAAAUUAACUUAUAUUGGAUGAUACCAUGAUGCACUUUAAUAAAGAUCCACCAAAACUACUGAAGAAGAACAUUGUCUCUCUGAAAAAGAAACCUUGAGUAGAAUUGAUUUUCUAAUAGAAAAAUAGAAAAUAAUAGAAAAUUAAUAGUAGCAAGACUAUUUAUUUCCAAGUGAUAAGGAAUAAGAUUAUUUGUGAGUGAAGCUGCUUAUACCUAUUUCAUAAAGAACUGCUUAGAGGUAUCUUAACAUCUGAAACUGGGCAGGAGCCUCUGCAGCAAUGGUCACUGGCUUUAAAAGGCAGGCAAGACUAGGCAACCAAAGGCCUGCCCAUUUUUAUGUGAACAGAGCUUUGAUCGCCCAGUCAUCCCCACCCUUUUGAAGCCAGUGAGUGUCACUUCAGAUACCCCUAAAACUGGUUGGGAAAAAAAAUACAGUAAGUCAUGGACUUCUUUAUAAAGCAAAUGAUAAUUGUGAAAAUAAUCCAGAUUUGUUUUCAGCUUUGGAGAUUAGCUGCUGCAACAAUAAUUUAAUUUAGAAGCUGCUAAUAGCUAGGGUCCACAACUGUAACCCAUAGGACUGUGCACAUCAUGUCAGUCUCUGCAAACUGGACAUUUCCUUCAUUUUAACCUGUGUUGGAAAACUGCUGUACAUGCAAGUAUAACUUAAAGCUACACUGAGCACAAAGGAAGUAGCAUGUCAUGCUGCUCCUAUAAGUGUCCCAAAGCAGACAGAUUGUGUCUUGAAUAAUUUCUUCCAUAACUGUAAGCUGCAGGCUGAUUCUAGACAUAUUUUAAUAUGUCUGUCUUUCUCCAUUCAGACAGGUGUGGGUGUUUUAAAUCUAUUUUGGUAGGUGUUCAGAUGUAUCAUAUGUUUGAACUAACAACACAAUUGUAUUAUACUUCUGGAGUCCUUGGUGCUCUCUGAGCCUUGUUGUUUUCUUGCAGACGUUUCAUUGCCAGACUAGGCAAUGUCUUCAGUGCAAAGAGGGAGUGGGCCUUGCUCUCAGUUUAUAUACCAUGGCUUGCCCUGCUUGUGUUGGUGGGGGUGGUGUUCUCUCCUUGGGAGUUCUUUGGGCUGUUGUUUGCUGCUUGGUUGAUUGCCUGAGUUAAUGGUUCCUUGAUUGGGGUGUAUUGUGCUGUUUGAUGGUUCAUCUGGUGUUAAUCCUAGUGUUGAUUUUUGCAUAUCUGGGUGUUGAUUGCUGGCAAGGGAGUGUACUGGUCUUUUGGCUUUUCUAUUGUCUCUUUUGAAUGGUAUGUAAAUGCUGUUUACCUCUAUGUGUCUGUUGAUGGCUGCUUGGUCUGAGUGCCAGGCUUCCAAGAGUUCUCUGGUGUUUUUGGAUUUGGCUUGGUUUAGGACCAACACACUGGACCUAGCCAAAUACCCAGGAUAAUGGACCUCAUCAACCUCUGCCUUACAACCUACUUUCAGUUCGAUGGAGAAAUAUACCAACAGUUCAAAGGAACACCCAUGGGAUCACCGAUUUCAGGACUUAUAGCAGAGAUCGUAAUGCAGCCUCUGGAAAGGAUAGCACUCCCACACAUACAACCCAAAGUAUGGAUCCGGUAUGUAGAUGACACUUUUGUCAUAAUACAAAAGAAACAACUGGAAGAAACCCACAAAACCAUCAAUAACAUCUUUAAUGAAAUAAAAUUCACAAGGGAGGAAGAAAAUAACUCACUACCAUUCCUGGACAUCCUCAUCAGUAGAGGAAAUGACGGUAAGUUAGAAACACAAGUCUACAGGAAAGCUACCCACACCAACCAAGUGCUCCACUACCAAAGUAACAAUCCAACCUCCCACAAGAGAAGCUGUGUAAGAACAUUAUUCAGACGAGCACUUACACACUGCAGCAACCCAGAACACCAGAAAAAAGAAAACAUCGCACAGCAUCUUCAAACAAAAUGGAUACUGGCUCAAAUUUAUCAAAAAGUGCCUCACCACCCAACCCGCUACAACCGAACCAAUGGAAACUAUGGAAAGGAUAACACUGCCAUACAUCAGAAGCAUCUCAGAAACCACCAACAGACUGCUACAAUCACAUGGCAUCACCGUAGCACAUAAACCAACUAAAACUCUUCAAAACAUAUUAAGCAACCCAAAAGACCCAAUAGCCCAAGAAGAAAAUACAGGAGUUAUUUACAACAUACAAUGCAAAGACUGUAACAGCCACUAUGUAGGAUAGACAGGCAGAAGACUAGCAGAGCACAUCCACGAACAUCAACUAGCAGUCAGAAGACACGAUGAGAACUGCUUAAUCUCACAACACAUGGACAGACUCAACCAUAGUUUCAACUGGUAAACUGAGCAUCCUAAACCAAGCCAAAUCCAAAAACGCCAGAGAACUCCUGGAAGCCUGGCACUCAGACCAGGCAGCCAUCAACAGACACAUAGAGGUAAACAGCAUUUACAUACCAUUCAAAAGAGACAAUAGAAAAGCCAAAAGGCCAGUACACUCCCUUGCCAGCAAUCAACACCCAGAUAUGCAAAAAUCAACACUAGGAUUAACACCAGAUGAACCAUCAAACAGCACAAUACACCCCCUCCCUCUUUACACUGAAGAUGUUGCCUAGUCUGGCAAUGAAAUGUCUGCAGAAAAACAACAAGGCUCAGGGAGCACCAAGGACUCCCCAGUUGAACCCUGAGCUACAAAUAUUUGCUUUGAUUUGUAUUAUACUUACAUGUAUUUUUAAUGAAUCUGCAAAAGAAAUUAUACUAUAAGCAGAAAAGGGAUUUGGAAAGCAAAGAGGACAUUUAAAAACAAGACUUUCUGCUAGUUACAGUUGGUAUAUGGUUAACAAAGUUCUGUACUGUAUAUUCAAUUAAUUGACAUUUAUGUUCAGCAAUUAUGAUUAUUCAUAUUUUUAAUUUCUAAGAAUUGCCUGAUUUAAAGUAGACUAUUUGUAAUAUGCAGAUAACAUGCAGAACUAUUUGUGUUCUUCUGUUUCAUUCUGAAAGAGCUCAGGGGAAGUGAAUACUUAGCGUAUAGGAGGACACAUAUUUAUUCUUGGUAUUUCAAAUGUGACCCCAAAUUUAUUUUCAGUGGCGUUGCUUGCCUUCUUUAAGCAAUAUGGUUAGUGAAAUCCUUAUAAUCUGUUAACAUUCCAUAAAGAUAUAACCUUGUACAUCUGAUAACAGCUGUUGUAAAAAAAAAAUCCUGGACUACAGUAUUGAUUAGAUUAGGAGAAGUGCUAUUGAAAUAAUUGUGCGACAGUUACUCCUCCCCAAAAAGCAGAAGCAGGUUUUCAGUGCCUCCUUUCAGCAGCAGUGACACUAAAGGAGGAGCUGCUGACAUCAGCAGAUAUCUCCCAUUCUGCAUUUGUGCAUGACAUAAGGGAAUCCAUUCAAACUCAAUUUCCUCUCACUAAGGUGGUAUCAUUUGUAUUCUACUUGUUGGAGUAAACGAGAAUCUUCAGAUUAGAAGUACAGUGAAAUUUAGUGUUUUAAGAAGAAAAACAAUUUCUCUUCAGAACUACUCAAGUUUAUUUCACUUUCACAGAAAAGAUAAAUUCAACCUCCUUUCAAAAGUCCAUUCUAUGACAUAACGAGAAGCAAUACUUGGUGUUAGUGAUCAGAAAGUAAACAUGGUUUGGAAGUAAAUAGGAAAGUUUUUUGUUUCUGUUUUGAAGUUGACAUCCUAACAGGAAAGAUUUAAGUACUAUAAUUAGUUUUUAUAUAUUAAGGAUACUUGUAGCUAUUUUACACAAACUUAAUAUCUCAGGGACUCUUCCAGAUUUUGAUUCCUGUACCAUAGAUAACAGGAAGUAAAGAGCAAUUAUGCAAAACUAAAAACAAGUAAUCUUUUAAAUUAGUAGUCUAAUUAGGUAAUGGGCUUCAAGUAGCAAAUAAUUCACCAAAGAAAAUGUGAAUUAUUGAAAAAAAGUUGUUAUAUUCUUUACUUUAGACCACUGGCUACUGUUACUGAAAAUUUUGACUAUCUUGGGAAUGGCAACUUCAUUAUCUCUGCAGUUAUCAGGGAUAAAUUUAUAAUGGGAAAAGAAAUUCUAAUAAUGAACUGUAAUUUUUUUAAAAUUACAUUUAUCUGGAUAGCUUUGUAAUUGGGGUUUUGUGGAAAAUCUUUGUCUUUGAUUAAAAAUGCUGUUGCAUUUUUUGUUCCUUUUACAGUAUUAAGGUUCAUGCAUUGUUACUUUUAGAUUCCAGUACCUUUUUAUUCAUUCUAAAAUUCUUGCCUGUCAAAAUAAUGCUAACAUUCAGAACAGACAUUAGUUUUCCUUGCCUUUCCUACAUGCUGUUCUCUCUCUUACUUCCCAAAAGCUGAUACUUAAAAUUGGAUAAUAGAAUUCCAACUUAACUUUG